AUGCCGUUUGAUACCCGUUAUUUAGAACUAGAUAUGGAGCCUAGACAGGGUGUAAACUCCGCUGUUAGAAGUGGUUAUGUUUCUAGUGAUUUGACUAGUUCUGUUUGUGAUGAGAAUCCUCCUCCUACGAUAGGAGCACCGGAAGAAUAUAAGUGGAAAAUGAGUGGGGAAAAUCGGACUAGUAAGGACAAAGAGGAUGUAGAAGCUGUUGAUUCAGUAAAAUGGAAAACAUGUACUGGAUGCUGCAGGCCGGAGAAAUGUACGCGUGAGAACCACUGGACGGAUGGCAUGAUAACUGAAAGAUGGGCUUCACUCAUCCAUAGCAACCAGAUGGCUGAUAACCUCACCCAUAGCAGCCAGAUAGCUGAUAACCUCACCCAUAGCAACCAGAUAACUGACAGCCUCAACCAUAGUAACCAGACGACUGAUAGCCUCAUCCAUAGCAACCAUAUAUCUGAUAACCUAGCCCAUAGCAACCAGAUAUCUGAUAACCUCACCCAUAGCAACCAGAUGCCUGAUACCCUCACCCAUAGCAACCAGAUGCCUGAUAAUCUAACGCAUAGCAACCAGAUGCCUGACAACCUCACCCAUAGUAAUCAGCUGACUGACAACCAUAGCUCUAUCAUCCAAAUGACUUCACACCGUAUCCCUGAAAAUCAGUUGACUUGCAACCUUACCUCUAAGAAUCAAACAAGCGACACCCCAUCACCUUUGCACUACCCCUGUGAUGACACACCCUUAGAACCACCAACAAGCGAUCAAAAGACAAAAAUGUCCAGCCCACCACGGACUAAAAAAGUGAUUUUAAUUCUUCUCCUCAUUGCUUUCUUCUCUGCAGGUUGCGGGUUCUCUCUACCAGCGCCUUUCUUCCCACAAGAGGCAGAAAGCAAAGGCGUCUCCAACACAGUGAUCGGACUGAUUUUUAGCACGUAUGAAUUCAUGAUCUUCCUGUCUUCUCCAUUGUAUGGUAACUAUUUGAUGAAGAUAGGGCCAAAGUUCAUGCUAGUGUCUGGAACAUUUGUUGCUGGAACUUGUUCUAUUCUGUUUGGUCUAUUGGACAUGUGCCCAAAAGGAGCGUCGUUUGUCACUCUUUGCUUUGCUUGUCGUUCUAUCGAGGCUUUGGCGAUAUCAGCAAUUUUAACAUCAGGGUUCACCAUCAUUUCAAAAGAAUUCCCACAUAAUGUGGCCACGAGUUUUGCGGUCCUAGAAAUGUCAGAUGGUGCUGGCCUAAUGGUAGGGCCCGCGGUUGGUGGUGUCUUGUUCCAGAUUGGAGGAUAUGGCCUACCAUUUUUCGUUAUUGGGUCUCUUAAUCUAUUUGUGGGCACAAUUGUGUAUUUCUUGUUACCAGACCCACAAGGAAUGAAAGACGAAAGAAAAGGCAGUAUUGUCUCCAUGUUGAAGCACCCUAUGGUGUGGUUUACUGGCGCCAGCAUUAUCGUUUGUGCCGUGGGUGUUUCUUUCUUGGACCCAACACUGGCUAAACAGUUAGAACAGUUUAAUCUAUCGACUUCACUUAUUGGCCUGAUGUUUGUCAUUACUCCGUGUUUGUAUGCAGUGACGUCACCGGUGUGGGGGAGGAUCAGCGACUCUAUGAAUAUAAACGGCACUUUGAUAACCUUGGGAAACUUGAUGUGUGGGUUAGGUUUACUGGUAGUUGGACCCAGCCCAUUCUUACCUUUCUUACCUGUAGAAUUGUGGGUCAUUAUUUUAGGUCUGGUUAUUCUGGGGUUUUUCUAUGCCCUCGCUAUUGUACCUACCAUGAACUGCUUGCUGAUUAGUGCAAUUGAGCUGGGCUUUGAAAACAACUUGGAAACGUACGGCAUUGUUGUUGGGCUAUUUAAUGCUAUUUACUACCUGGGCACUUUCAUUGGCCCUAUGCUAGGAGGUGUGUUGAUUGAAGAGUUGGGCUUUAGGGCAGGAGCCACUGUCAUCAGUGAGAUCUACUUUGUCGUGAUGAUCAGCUGUGGCCUAUAUUUUGUCUACCGUCACCUCAGAUCAAAACCCAACAAAAAUUCUUCCUGUGUGGACUAUGGCGCUACCAGGCCUGAGACACAAACGAUAGUUCCGUUAAGAAUAAACUGA